UGAAUCGUUGAAGUUGUAUCAGCAUCGAGGUCCUUUAAAAGUUAAAAACAUUGCACAAACAUUUGGAGUUAUUCGAGUUUUUGAUGUUCUUUGAUUCAUUGAAAGUUAAAAAAUUGUUAAAAUGAAUAAAUCUCAACCAAACAGAGGAAAGGAUAAAAAUCAACACAUCCAAGUUUUUGUUAGAGUCAGACCUUUUAAUCCUUCUGAAUCCAAUGGAAAAUCUCAUAACAUCAUUGAGGUUACACCUCCAAAAGAUUUACAUGUUCGAGAAAAAAUAACGGACAGGACUACAAAAAAAUUUACAUUUGAUAAAGUUUUUGGUCCUGAGUCAAAUCAGCUCAUGGUUUAUAAUUCAGUCGUCAGCCCAUUAAUCAGUGAAGUAUUAGCCGGCUAUAAUUGUACCGUGUUUGCUUAUGGUCAAACUGGAACUGGUAAAACUUUUACGAUGGAAGGGUCAUCUAAAGAUCCUGCAGUACAUUGGCAAGCUAACACCCCAGCAGGAAUUAUUCCACGAUCUCUGAGUCAUUUGUUUGACCAAUUACGACUUCAAGGAUCUCUUGAACAUACCAUUAAAGUUAGUUUUCUUGAGUUGUACAAUGAAGAAUUGUUUGAUUUAUUAGACACAGGAGAUGAUACACCUAAACUCAGGCUGUAUGAUGACACAUCGAAAAAAGGAUCAGUAAUCAUUCAAGGAUUAGAAGAAGUAAUAGUCCACAAUAAAGAACAAGUAUAUAAAAUCUUAGAAAGAGGUUCAGAAAGACGUCAAACUGCUGCAACGUUGAUGAAUGCACAUUCGAGCAGGUCUCAUACAGUGUUUUCUGUAACAGUUCACAUGAAAGAAGUGACUCUUGAAGGUGAAGAGCUGAUAAAAAUAGGAAAGCUUAACUUAGUUGAUCUGGCAGGUAGUGAAAAUGUUGGUAGAUCUGGUGCAAUAGAUAGACGAGCACGUGAAGCAGGCAGCAUCAAUCAGUCCCUUCUAACUCUAGGUCGUGUAAUAACGGCUUUAGUAGAGAGAGCACCUCAUGUUCCUUAUCGUGAAUCUAAAUUGACUCGAUUAUUACAAGAGUCACUUGGAGGACGUACUAAAACCUCUAUUAUUGCUACUAUUUCUCCGUCGAGUUUGAAUUUAGAAGAAACUUUAUCGACAUUGGAUUAUGCUCAUCGUGCGAAGAAUAUCACUAACAGACCUGAAAUCAAUCAGAAGUUGAUGAAAGCUACAUUGAUCAAAGAAUACACAGAAGAAAUCGAACGAUUAAAACGUGAUGUUGUUGCUGCACGCGAACGCAAUGGAGUUUAUUUAGCUCCAGAAGAUUAUGCUCAUCAGCAAGCAACUAUUGCUUUUCAAGAAAAAGAAAUUGAGGAAAAAUUAAAUCACAUCAAAGCUCUUGAGGAAACGUUGGCAGCCAAAGAAAAACUAUUUGAUGAAUUGAAUAUGAACUAUACUAAUACGAAAGAAAAAGCAAACUUACUUCAGAAAGAAAAAGAAAUACAAGAAUUUUUGGUUAAAAAUUAUGAAGAUGUCAAAGAAAAACUUACUCAACAAGCAGAAAUUCUUAUGAACGUAGCUGAAACUGUAACAAAUGACACAGAGAAGUUACAUGAAAAAAUUGCUCGAAUAGAUCGAGUUGAAUAUGAAAAUUUAUCAAAAGCUCAUUCAUUUAGUCAGCAAGUAAAUGAGGAUUUUGAUAAUGUAAAAACUCAUCUCGAUAAUACUGUUCAGCAAUCUGAGAACUUUUUGAAAGAAAAUAAAGACUUUCUUUCAGACAGAAUAGAAAUGAAUUCUGAAGCUGUUGACCACGCGAUUAACAUGAUAUCAAAAGAAACGAUAAAUAAUAUGAAUAAGUUGAUUAGCAAUUUUCUUCAAGACAUAAAAAAAACUCACAAAAACAACGAAAACUGGAUUGAUUGUCAAGAAAAAAAUGUGGCAGCUUUUGCUGAUAAACAAACACAAUUUUUCGAAAAUACAACAGAAGAUUUUGCAGUCAAAACAGAAGAGAAUUUAAAUAAUAAUGCAGAAGAAAAUUUGGCUCAUAUUGAGAUGGAAAUGAAAGAAAACCUUGGAUCUAUUGUACAAACUUUAAUACAACAAGUGGCAAAUGUCUAUGAAACAAAGACGGCUGAAUAUACUUCGAUCAUUGCACAAAUGGAAAAUACAAUUGCAGCUCAUAAUAAAAAUAUUCAAGAUCAAGAGGAAUUACAGAGAAAUCAAGAAAUGUUACAAAAGUUAGACGAAGAAUGGUGGAACCAACGAAAGAAAAUUAUAGAAAAAGGAGCAAUGUUUACUCAUAAUGCAAUCAAACUUUCUCAUGAAACAAUAGAAAUAUCAGAAAAUGUUAAAACAAGUGUACGAAAUAUCACAGAUGAAGACAACAAAUUAAGGGAAUAUAUUGAAAGAGAUGUUCAGGAAAAUGUUAAAUGUUUAGAAAGAAAUGUCGAGAAAAUGAUAACUGAAAAUCGAGAAACCAUUACUCAAGGAACAAUAAGAAGUCGAGAAAUAGCGCAAAGCUUAAAAGAAAUUUUAAAGACGAAUUGUGAAGAAAUAAACUCCUACAGAAAUUCAGUAGACUUUUCAAUAAAAGAUCGUAAACAAGAAUCUCAAUCGGAGUACGACGAAUCUUUGAAGCAUGUAAAGAAAAUCGAAAAUUGUAUAGAAAGUUCACAAAAACGUCACCAAAGCUUCCUUGAAUCUUUUAAAAAUGAUAUCAUAUCAAGCACACUUAAUCAAAGUGACAAAAUGAUACAACAAAAUCACCAGAUGGUUGAAGAUGUACAUAGAAUCAAAACAACACUAGGAAGUAUGAAUGAGAAAAUCGAGAAAUUCUUGACAGAUGAAUUGAAAAAAGAUGAGCCAACUGGAAUGACACCGAUCAAACGAGAAUAUAAUUUCCCACGGUCAUUAGUUACCAUGUCACCGAAAGAGAGACUUAUUCAAAAAUAUCAGAUGAUGAAGAUCUAUGAAAACUCAGAAAGUUCUGAUGAAAAUAGAGAUAGUACAGAUACAGAUCAUAUAAGAAAUAAUAAUUUUAUCAUACCUGAGUCAAGAAUCAGCACAAACACGUCAGAUGAUAAUUGGGAUUCAGAUAAUUCGUGUAAUAAUAAAGAAAAUAGUAAAAUCAUAAAGCCUAAAAAAUAUGCAUCAAUGGAAAGUAGUAGAGAUAAAAAUAUUCUUAAAGCUUACAAUAAUUGAAAAAAGAGUAAAGAAAUGAAUCAGAUAAACUUUAGAGUAUCAAGACUGAUAACCUAAUUCAUGAUGAACAAAGUUGAAAUAUUUAAAAGUUCCCAGCAAAUAGAACGCGGUGAAACUAAAUCAUUUUUGUUGGUCUAACAAUAUUGUAUGUAAAGCAAACUUUUUCAUCUAUUUCAACAAUUGACACAUAAUCAUCGACGAACUAUCUGUUUCUUUCUUCUAUUAGGUUUAAUUCAAUGACUAAAUGAUACUAAUUACUCAAUUAUACGAUAUUUGUACUAAUGUUUUGAUGUUUUAGAAUUUAUAACGAAUGAAAGGGCACGUACUGGUUGAUGAAUUAUGAGAAAUUUACAAAUGAAAAUUAAUUGUAAUUCAAUUCAUUUCUUAUGUUUAUAUUCAAAUUUUUAUGUUAUUAGUGUGUUAAGAAAUUUUUUUAUUGAAAAGUUUCGAUUGAUAUUAAUUUUAUGGAUGGCAUAAUCUAUUUGAAAAGUUUAGAAACUUUGAGGAUAGAUACUUCAUAUGUAAGCAAUGUAAAAAUCUAAAGGAAAGUAAACGAAAAAUUUUAAAAA